CUAACAUGUAUAGUUCGUUUAACCUCCAAAGCUCUCACAUUGCCAUAACUAUCUCCCAGUUGCAACAAGCAUCCCUGUGGCAAAUAAACCCCUCAAUGGAAACCAUCAAAUUUCAAGCCAAAAAAAGGGGGUCUUUCAUUCAAGCCAAGACCUAGAACAAGUGAACAACCCUAAUUCGCCCCCCCCAAAAAAAAAAAAAAAAACCUAAUUGGCAAAACAUGGGAGAAAGGGAGGAAACCAAGUACAGUAGGAAGAAGCGGCAUAGUUAUUCUCACAGAACCACUCCCAACAACCCCCCACAUACAACCGAAUGAAACCCUAAUUUUCUAAUUGCCCACACAGUGAGCCAGCUGAAUUGAAAUUUAAGAUACAAAACCCAGAGAAGCAAAUUCAUAGUAACAGAGAGGGGAAAUUGAAGAAGCAAAAGAGGUUAAAGAGAGAGAACCAUCUUCUUCCAGCCGGAAGGAGCAGGGAGCUCGACCGAGAAACCCUCGUCCUGGACAAGAGUAUUGAUCUCUUCCUUCUUCUCCGCCGAGUUCGCCAUGUCGGUUCUCUUGCAAACCCUUUUUCACCUAACUUCCACCCACAAAGCACCAAAGCGAGAAAUUAAUAAGAACCCUUUCGAACCUGCACCACCCAGAGAAGUGGUAGCUAGAGAUGGGGAUAGAGAGAGAAAGAAGAUAUAGAGAGAGAGAGUUCAAUUUUACCCACCAGAAAACUGCACGCAAAGAAACACACACAAACAGAGAGAGACCCUCAAAAAGGAUAUUUCGAGAACAACACUAGCGCACAAGCAGAUGCCACACAAGCUCAGCUGAGUGAGCCAAACCCGGAAAACAAUAAUAAAUAAAGAUUUAAUCUUUUUGAUAAAAAAAAUAAGAACAAUAUAUGAAGUAAGCUUUAGCAGAGCAGAAGAAGGACUGAAAGCAGAGGAGUUAUUCUGUCUCUUUCUGGGCUUUAUCCGUUUGAUUUUCCCAUUUUUGUCUUCUCUUUUUCCUAUUUUCCCCCAAGGAGAAAAAAAAAACAGAAAUAAAUUGAAUGGUGAAGGCGAGAUGUCGGGAGGAGGACACUUGUCGCCAUCUCCACGGCCGGUCCAACGGUCGGGAUUUGUGCUUUCUUAUUUCGUCGGUGACCGUUCGCUGCCGCAGCGUAGCUUUUAUUGAAAAACUUGAACUAAAUUAAAUAAUAUAUAAAAAGAGGAAUAUUAAAAUAAUCCUAUUGGAUCGAAAAGCUUAUGUUAGCCAAUCAGCUGCCGAGAAAUUUCCAAGUAAUUAUAAUUUUUUUCUUUCAAGUGUAGGUUUGGGCCAUUUCGAAUGCAACAUGGGCUUACGGAUUCGUUUUGGUCCGUAUACAGCCUCCGGUGGGCUGGGCUUUAUCUCCAUUUCUCACCGAAAUCCAUCAAUCAUUUCAAUUCCAAAGCCGCCAAAGGGAAUACGAUAGAGCAAACCGUGGUCCAGGGUGGCCCGUUGCCAAGAAGAGGCCCAAGUACACUAGUUACAUUGCGUGGUAGUGGGCUUUUGAGUAACGUAAAAGGCAUAUGGCCCAUAGGCACAUGGAGUGGAGCUUGAGAAGGGGCAAUGUCCAACAUGGUGUAAUGUUGAAGAAAGAGGGGGUAGUGUUGAAGGUGUGUAGAUAAUUAAGAGGAGAGAUGAAAGCACAAAAGAAGCUCUUGUUUUGGAAGAAGAAGAAGAAAAAAACGUGUUUGUGUUGGCCAAAUGAAAGCAUGUUCGAGCUUAGAUCGUUAAUAUGACACGAUGUUAAUUGGAUUUGCAGGGCAAAUGACAUCCACCUCUCGCACCUAGCGUUGUACAGCAAAGACUGAUCACAAGUGGCAGUCGAUUCUUAGAGGUCGAAGAGAAUACAAUCUAUAAUACUUAUGUGCUUAGCAAGAAAUUAUAUACAUAGUCAUGAAAAUUACUAGGGUUGGUAUAACCAGAAAUCUCGAGUCAUGUUUAAGUCUGCGAGCAAAAGGUUAUAAGGCGAAUGCAUGCCUGCUACUACAAACUCUUAGCCACCUUCGAUUAUCGAAUGAAACUUCGAUUUUUUUUUUUUUUGCUUGCUUAAUAGAUAACGCACUCUGCUGGCUCUUCUUUUCCCUCAACUUGAUUUAAGCGUUCGAGAGUCACUUUACAAACCCUCAGACAUUCCACAUGUUAUGCAUCCAUGUAUGUGGACAAUAUGUAGCUAGGGAAAGUUAGGCAAUGGGGAUGGAGAGAAGAGAAGCUAUAUGGAUAGUUUCAAAAUUUAGAUGCUAAGUCCAACAUCAAGAGCUUUUUUGUAGGUGACUAGGUGAGACAAACAAAUUGACCAUGCCACAUCUCUAGGUCUUAUAACUUGAAUAUAUAGCUAAGCUAACACAAAUAUAUGAAUAUGCACGCAUCCUCUUCUUGACUCAUCACCGUCGAUCAUUAAUGCACCCAAUUAGCUAUUCCAUCUACAAUGAAGUUUACAUAACGGAUAACCUAUCCACUUCUCCAUCUACAUGCCUAAUUGGUAGGCAGGGCUGUCAGUUCGGUUUUGGGUUUUCGAUUUAAACUAAAGUUGAACCGAUAAGGUGUUUUUAUCGGUUAAAAUCGAAAUGAUAAGAAACUGAAAAUUUCAACCACGAUAAACAACCAUUGCACAAUAUGUUUGAUUUUUAGUUCCAUGAAACCAUGUCGAACAAUUAAACCACCUAAUGGUUUGGUUCGAUUUCAAGGGAGGGGGCUUGCUUCGAUUUCUUGGUUUCUAGAAUUACGAUUAGGUUUAACAGGAAAAAAUCUCGAUAUCCCAGUCCUAUCAGUAGGUUCGUUCGAUCAAGCUGAUAGCUGGAUGGUUACUACGAUUUAAGAGUUAGGAUCAACUAUGCAUUUUUUUAGCUUUUGGGUAUGUGACAAGACACACAAUAUGCUGUCCAUGUCUAGCUAGUUGUAUAAUAACUUAACUAGGUAAAGUGAUCACGAGGCAACUAUAUAUAUAGCGACGUCUAUGACUUAUAAUAGUUUGAAAGAAACUAUAUAUCUCAUUUGAUCAGUUGGUAUGGAAUACAGUUGAACCCAAAUGGCCAAAUGGGCUUUAAGCUAGUCUCUUUUGAUUCCAUAUGAGGAAAAAACGACAUUUCAUCCCAUAUUUGCGUAUCUUCUUCUGUGUGGAUCGGCUCCUUUGCAAAAAGGUUGAAAUGACAUUUCAUUCCAAUAUCAUCAAUAAAUUAACAUGUCAUGCAUUUUUUAUUGUUUGGAUCGAUUACAUAAGCGAUCACUCGUGUGUUGGAGUUGCUAGUGUUCAAAUCUCAACAAAUUGGACACUAAUUGCUCUACUAACUAACCGCGCGAUCAGUUAUUUCGUUGAGUUUCCAUCCAUCUGCAGCCUAAAAUUACUGCAUAGUCAAGACAUGUCGUCAACAAAAUUUAAUGUAAGAAAUCUCACGUGACUCGUUAUACCAAACCCCAAGCCACUUGACCGACGCCCUGCCCACCGAUCCACACUAACCGAUCUACAAUAAUCGUAUUGUUAGUUUUUCAUAUUUUCAUGACCGUUGUAGUACUCUUUUAUUGUUAUCUUCCCAUAAUUUUUCGAUCCCUCUUUACAUAUUUGAGUGUCUGCAUGGGCUUGUCGUCUCUCCCUUUUACUUCCUUUCCUUUUUCAAGCAUAUGUCGUUUCUGGGAAAACAGUAAUACAAAUCUAUCACCAUUCAUCCAACCCGGCCGACACGGACCAACAACCGUGGGAGUCAAUGACCAUACACAACAGUUCCAAAAUUGACUAAUUUCGUUUUUCUCAGUGUUGGUAACCAAGUGAUCAUAUAGGAACGUUACAAUUAGUGGUUCACGGUCCAAUUCGAUUCUAAUAACAUCGCCAGAAUUUUGUUCACGAGUAGUCAUCGAUUUCGCGAGUUAUUAUCACGAAAACUCGACGUGUGUUCUUAAUUAUCACAGGAAGUCCAAACUAAGUACGUUGAUAAUUAAGCUAUGCGUAAUGAACUUGUCUCCUAAUUAGCAAUUCGUGCAAGGUACGUACAUUUUCCUGUCGAUUCAUAUAGACUGUGUGUUGCACAUGUAGAUGCGCUUGUUUAGGGAGACAACAUUUACAAAUUUCCCCAUCAUGGGAUGUAGGCUCUGCUCGGAAAGUGUAAUUUCCCCCCAAGUGUGGGAGAUUCAUGGUAUUUUGUUCUUUUAUUAUGAGUUGCUUGUUGAGGUUCAUGAACCCAUUUGACCAAAUCGAUUCAUCGUUAUGAUACAUCGUGAAUCGGGAUUGAGGAUCUUAUUGUGUCAUUAUCAUCGUUUCGACGUUAAACGAUCGUAUGAUCCAGAGUUGUGAAAGUCUUAAAAAAAGAAAUAUUUAUACCUUGAUGAGAAGCAGGCAGUCAAUUGAUAAGAUAAAUAAAAAGAAGGCAAUGUCUAAUGAAGGAGAAUUUUAGGUUAAUAGUAUAAAUUGCUCAUCGAUCUACUACAUUUGUGUUCUACACUCCUCCUCGUCCAUUAAUGGCGAGCAUAGGUAAGUAGUCUUCACAUACGUUGGUCCCCGUCGGCAUUGAAACACGAUAAACUUCCAGAUAGAUUAUCACACCAAAACAAGAGGUAAAGUUAGAAAACAGUUAUAUCGAAGACGAGCUACGUUUUCGUACCGUAGUGAAAGGCGGUGGUUAACAAUAAAUGGGCGUUUAGCAAAACAAGAAAAUGGUGGUGGGGGAUGGCCAUGGCGAUUAGAAUUCAUUGCGGAGCAGACAAGGAAAGGGACAGAAGCUUGAAUGGGCAAAUCCCAAGUACUCUACUGAUGAUAGAUCGCCAAGUUGGGUAAGUAAUCGCCAAAGUUGAGAUCCUAAUAAUAUUUCUCGACCGCUUUCUCCCCAUCUUCUCCUUCGAGCCGUGGCAAUUUGAUACUAGUUUUGUAAUGGACAAGCAAAUUAUGAUGGUGUAGUUGCAAUCUUCAAGUUCAAAUGGGCUUUUGUGAAAUGUCAUGCAAAAGAAUAAUGAUUGUAAGAUAUAAUCUUACCAAUUCAAAUCACUGAGACGAUUAUAAACAUGAUACUGGAGCAUUUAGUCAAGAGGUAAUCGUUAGUAAAUGAUAUAAGAUUUAUAAUUAAAAAAAUCUCUCAACAACUCAAUUUUUUUUACCAAUUUGUGUUUGACAUGUACUUCUACCUACAUUUGGAAUUUGAGUGAGGGUCAACUUGCCUCAGCCCCUGAUUCAUUCCGUCCACAAACGAAAGUCCGUUGGACUUGAAGAACAUUCUAUAUAUUGGGACAACCGGGAUUCAAACAUAUGACUUUUCGGCCAACGACCGGUAAGUCCAAUUAUUGGUGUAAAGGAAUCAUAUAACUGUUUGGUUUGCUAUUUUUUUCUUAAUGUCGUUUGUGACAUAAUAUUCCUUUCGUUCAACUAGUUUGCGACGUGAUUUUCUUGUUUUGUUAUAAUUUUUUACUCUUUAAUUACCCAGUAAGAGAUCUACCGAAACUCUCCAUGAAAUUACCAGUUCUUAUGUUGCAUUUUGCCUAGUUAGAAUCGUAACUUAACUCGAUUUUGUUCUUCAAUUUUGUGUUUGAUCAGAUCAAAUUAAAGACUGUUCAAUUAUCGUGAAUCUUUUGGUUAAUGUAGCUAUCCAUGGAAACUUCUUUGUUUUGUUCUAGUUGUGUUGUUCCACUAGACAAGAAAGUCAUCCACCAAACGAGCGAUGAAAUUCACUUUUUUUUUGCCAUUUGCCCUAGUAUUUGCUUGAAAGUAACUGUCUAUUUUCAUCGGUUGCAUUGUUUAGUUGAUCAGAUUAUCUGGGUUACUUUGAAAUCUUUUUUAUUGCAAUAGUGUUUGAUCUUCCUAUAUGGGUAAGGACGAUAUCUUUUGUCAUUUAAUUAGCUCGAUUAGGGGUUUCGUGGAAAUUUCUUGCUUUUUGUUGUUUGUUAUCCUUGAUAUAUGUUGUUUAGUGGAUACAAAAUCUUGAUGUCAUUGUUGCAAUAGUUUUUAAACUUCCUAUGAGUAAGGACGAUAUCUACUGUUACUUAGAAUACAACUCUCAAUUCUUUUGCUACUAUUUGCCAAGGAAGUUUUCUUUAUUUUCUUCUUUUGUUUUAUGAAAUCUUUUUGUUAUCGUUGCAAUAGUUUUUAACUUUCCUACGGGUAAGGACGAUAUCUACUGUUACUUAAAAUAAAACUCUAAAUCCUUUGGUACCUUUUGCCUAAAGGAAGUUUUUGUUUUUGUUUUUUGUAAUUUUGUUCAAGUUGAACAAUUAAAUUUGAUGUUUAAUAUGUGAUGUAAUUUUGGUUUUUUGGUGUGGGUACUUCCAAUAGGCAUAGAAGUUAUCAACAUGAAUAAGUUUUGGGUUUUCUAUAAUCUCCUUUUGGUAUGCUAUUUACUCUGAUUUUGGUUUGAUAGUGUUUGGUAUUUUGACUCAGUAUAUUAUGUUGUUCUUAUUCUAUGUUAGUUUUCUUUCCAAUGGUUAUGGAAGUUAUCAACACAAAAGUAUUUUGGUUAUUUUGUGAUCUCCUUUUCUUCUGCCAUUUUGAUUAAAUUUCUGGUAUAUAGAUUCAGUACAUCAUGUUCUUAUUCUCUGUUAAUUGUUUAACUAUAUUUUUGGGUCAUUUUCUCUAGAAGAUGGGAAAUAGAAUCAGCUCCCUUUAUUCACUUUUAAAGAAACGGUAAGGCAUAGUUUGCACAAUUUUAGUCUAGUUAUUCCUUCUAAAUCAAAUAUGUGGUACUUUUUAGUUUUUAGUCUUUUUUAGCUCAAUUUUCCUUUUUUUCAUUAUGAUGCAUUGAUUAUUCUUUUCUUACUUGUAUUGUAGUAAAAUUGGUGAGUUGGAUGAAGCUGUGAGACAAAGCGAAGUACUCAAUAAAGAAAAUUGGAAAGUUGGAGCUAGAUAUUUUAAAUAUUUAUUCUCAAUCAAUGUUACUAGAGAAUAUAUUUUAGUAGACAAAAGCUUGUGAAGAACGGAAUGCUCAAGUCAUUAUAAGACUGAAGGUAUCUUCUUAUGUUCAUAGUAAUAAUGGUAAUAUGGACGAUAAUCGAGAAGCAAAUCUUUAAGUAUUUAUUCAUUUAAUGAAUUAGCUAAUCUUAACCGUUAUGAAAUAUUAAUUUUUUACUAUACUCUAUUAUGCAUGAAUAUAAGCAAGUAAAUAUACCAUAUAUUAACAUUUCAAUACUUGACUUUAGAAAUUGAAUCUUCAGUGGCUAUGGCAUAUUCCACACAUUCUGAUAUGAUUGAAGCCUAUGACAUUGAGAUUAUGAAUUAUAAACUUUACCUAAUUAUAUAGAAUAUAUGAAUAUAGAAUAGAUAUUGAAAAUAAAAAUGGUAAAAAUGGUGGAAGCAAAUCAUCAUGUAUGAAGAUGAUUCGAGAAGCAAGUCAUUUUAAAAUUUAUGUAGUAAGUUGAAACUUUACUGAAUUUCUAAUGAAGAUGAUUGUCUAUUAUGAAGGAAUUUAAGACGGUCAAUAUCCCAGAUCUCAACAUUCCUAUUCCAGAUCUCAAAGGCGGGGAUUAAGAUGAGUGUUGUUGAAGAGAUGACAGAAAAAGAUGUCGAGAUUGAGAAAGUCUGCUCCAGUAUUAAUUGAAAUUGAUUUUAUUUUACGAAUAUAGAUUUUAUUCUUUUAGUACAACUUAUUGUUUUUUCUUUAUGUUGAUGGCUUAUCUCUACUUGAAUGUAAUUGAUGGGCUUGAUGAAGUUGAGAGACAUAACCAAUUACUUAAUCAAAACAUUGGACUGUUGUAGUUAUAAAUUGCUAAAAAGGAAUCUGACGGUGGACUACUUGAUCUUACACUUCAAAUGGCCAUGAAUAAAAAACAUAAGUAUGAUAAGGUAGUAAAAAGGCUGAAGACCGAGCAUAAUGAGGAAGUUGAGGACACUGUUUAGGUACUCAAACAUAUGUUCGUAGAGCUAAUUAUGCGGGAACAUAUCAAACUUUCCAUGGAUUCUUUCCUAUCGUCUUCAAGGUUGCGAUCUUAAGUAGGAGAAUGAAAGCUGCAAUCUCUCAGCAGCAAGAUUGUGAGAGGCUGAUCAAGAGGAUUAAAGCGGGUGAUGUAAGUAAUUUUUGAUGAACACUAAAUUCUAUGAUCAUAUAUUAUGGUAGAUGUACUAAAAUCUUCUUAUCUUGGAAAUUGUUAGUCUUUUAGUUAAUUUUGUACAUGUUCACCUUGUCUUCUAUAAUUUAUUUUGUAGGAGAAUACUGCUUUGCUACUUCCAAAUCUGAACAUCCCUCAUAAUGAGUGAGAUUCAGUAGAUGACCCAACUGCUCAUAAUGCAAACCAUUUAGUCCAGGUUCUUGAAUCAUCAUGAACAUUUGGGUUUCUUUUCUAGUUGUUGUUAUUUAUAUUAUAUUAACAUUUUUAUUAUUUUUGCAGGAGGGCAAUGUUCUUGAUCUCAACGUCCCUGUUCCUAUGGAGAAUGUUAACGUUGAAAUGCCACAGCUUGAAAAUGCCCCUGUUGUUAAUCUAGAAAAUUAGUUAGUUGAGGUGGUUUGUGUCUGACUUGCAUUUUUGCUUUUUCAAGUUAAAUAUUGGUAUAAAUGCCUAAACUUUAUUCCUAUGUUUUGUAGGAGGGUAAUGUCGACAUUGACAUGCCUCCCUUUGAGAAUGAUCAGGUGGCUAAUGAUGAAAAUCAGGUAGUCAAGCUGGUUGAAUCUAUUAUAUAGACUAUUUUUUCAGUUGAUAUUGGUAUAGUUGUUUUAACACUCUUCCUAUGUUUGCAGGAUGAUGAUAAUGAGGAUAUUGUUGAAUAAAGAUUUAAGUGGUGUAGGUUUAAUUUUACUUUCUUCGUUACCUUUGUUAGAAGUUAUACAUUUAAGUUUAUAACAUAUGUUAUUUCAUAUGUUCAGGAGAACCAGAUAGGGUGGAAGUUGUACAUCAUUGUGAUUCUGAAGACCAGUUUAUUGUAGCUUAUGAAAAAUUAGAGAAUUGUAUUGGAGUGUAUAGGAUAUUGCAGAUUAAGGCAACAGUUUUCACUAUGAUAGUUGAGGGAGUUCGCUUUUGCUUAAAUCUAGACAAUGAUUGUUUGGAUUAAUGGGGUAGGUUGAUGUUGACAGUAUGUUGCACUUAGUGGAUGUUGUCCUGUAAAUGAAUGGUAACAUUUGAUUUUUUAUAUGAUAAAUAUGAUAGUUCAAUGUUCAAGUUUGUGCAUAUAUGAAUAUUGAAUUUUUUUUUUACAUUUAACAAAGUGUUACUGCUUUAUUUCUCUGACAAUUAAUCUUUUCCUUUUAUUUCUCUUCCGUCUAAAAAUCUUCUUCUCUUGUUUAUUGCUGGUCUUCCACUUUGAAUUGCAAGUUUCAGAAGAAAAAAAACUCUACUGCAUAUUAAAACCACAAAGGGUGUCUAAUGAAGAUUUUAAGACAAAUGGAUGUGGAAUGAAGAUUAGGGGGUUUGAAUCACCACUUACCCAUUCUCUAGAAAAAUUUUCACUACCUCUCUAAGGUGGUUGCAAUUACCCCAACUAUGAACAAAGGUUCGUCACUAUUUCUGAGUACUCACAUGCAGCGUACAAUGUUGAUCAUGCAGUGUUCGUAACUACAUUUAUUUCGAUAUUUUUAUGAGCUAUUUUUUUUAUAUUGAAGGUAUUUUCAAUCUCCCACAAAUUUUCAAUGGACUAUAUGUCAUUCUAACAAUAAAUUUUCACAUCUCAC